GAUAUGAUUAUUAGAUAAAAGACGUAUUAGUGGAAGAAUGACUUGAAAUGAGGUGAUGUACUCUAUAAUACCACUGGGUGCUACGAAAAUUUUAUGUAACAGUGGGGAUAUGUUCAAGAGAAGUAUCAUUCUUGGCUCAAGAUGAUAUUAAUCUCAAAGCUAUUUCCACACGGGAUACAUAUAGGUGAAGCACAAAAAGAUAUGACUGCUAUUGAAAAGGAAUAUAGAAUAGUACCACUUCAUAAAAGACCAGACCUAAUUCCAGACUGUUGUACAUUACUGAAUUCUGAAUGGCCAAGAAGUGAAACUGCACGGUUAAAAUUUCUGAAUGUAUCAUGCGAUGAAUUUCCCACAUGUCUUAUACUAAUAGACAAAGAGGACAGAGUCCUUGGUCAUUGUAAAAUAUCUUUAAUACCACGAUUACGUCAUAGUUGUUUUAUACAAUCAGUGAUAAUUGACUACCAGCGUAGAUCUCAGGGUUUAGGAUCUAGACUACUACGUGGAGCUGAGGAACAUGUAGCAAAGAAAGGAAUUAAAAAUGUAUAUUUAAUAACUAAAGGCCAAGAACUUUUUUACCUAAAAAAUGGAUAUAAAACCUGUGAUCCAUUUAAAGCAUCAGGCAUCAAUGAUGUUGUAUAUUCUAGUGCAGCAUUUACUAAAGCAAAGCUUAAAGAAAAAAGUACGCAAUAUUGUGGUCCACCACCACCUCCAAUGCCAAACUUUCAGAUGCCAAAGUUUUAUGAUCUAGGUAUCUUAACACACAGAACACAUAUGGUAAAAAGAUUAUCAUCACAGUAACAGUU